GCAAUGUGCAAGCACACGACAGUCGUCAGGCUUGCUAUGUUCUGGUCGGGUUUCGUUCUGGCGUUGUUGGUUGGUUCUUUUGCAUCGCGCCGCGGCGCGCCGGGUUCCAGUUUGUGUCUUCCAACCAACUGUCGUCAUCGUAUAAGAGACCGGCAUCUCGGGCGACCACGCUUCAGUUCACUGGAUACUAGCGGCUUAAUCGGGUCAAAGCGCGAGGUCGCCGUCGCGAAUUUCUCUAUCGAGCAGCAUCUUCUCAUACAGAUAGCACACUAUAUUAGGGGGAGAGACCAGAGUAAUUGGCGUCACCCCAGUUGUAUUUGUUUGAACCGACGACGACGACGGCAACGAGAAUCGCCUGCUGGGAACAUUUCGCGAGCAGCCUGUAUCGAGUUAACGAGUUAAUUGCAAGUUAGUGGCGUUCUAGCGAACAUAGUGCACACACCAGUCAACCGUCGCCGGCGUAGUCGCGCACACGUGUGUUCUCAUUGCAUUGUGCCGGUCGGUGAGAUUUUCUAGUCGGUAUCGCCGUAAAACGCGCGCGGGCGGAGAGAAAAUUGCUACCUUUGGGGUCGCGAGUGUGGGCGGACGGACGAAGGAACGUUAACUACCAUCAACACGGACGACGACGGGGGCCUUACGCCUUAGGAUUACACGGGUAGCAGUCCGAUCGAAGUCCGCGAAUCGAACGGAACCUGAUCGGGGCGGAAUCGCCGACGCGGAGCUUCUUGAGCUUUGAUAAGUGAAAACUUUGAAACGGUGGUGAAACGGUGUGAUAGGCGCAGAACAGCGAGGACGACACGGCUGCCGAGGUAAUCAGCGAAGUACUCUACUGAUAAGACGGCUUUUUUUGUGCUGACAGCAGCUGGCAUUCGCAGGCGAGAGAGUUCUCCGUACAAUCAAUCGCCAGUCCAGUCCAGUCGAGUUGUAAUUCUUGACCGGUUCGGAUCGAUUCCCUUUGGGGCAAGUCUCGGAAGCAACAGCCAUCAUCGAGUGCAGUCGUCUAAUUGAAGCGUAACAGGAGAGAAGAUACACCGCCCUCAAGAUGCCACAAGAAGAAGCAAAUGCCGGCGUCAAGAUCUACAACCUGGUGAUCCUGAUCGUGGACAUCGUGGUGAUGUUGGUCCGAUGGAUCUACUACACGCUGGAAGCCCUCUACAUGGUGGCGGUGCCACCCAAGCCGGAGAGCGUCGCCAAGGACAUCGUCCUGGUGACGGGCGCCGGCCACGGCAUCGGACGCUGUCUGGCCCAGCAGUACGCCCAGCUGGGAGCGACGGUCGUCUGUUUGGACAUCAACGACAAGAUGAACCAGGAAACGGUCAGCGGUAUCAAGAAGGAGCGCGGCAACGCCUUCGGAUAUGUGUGUGACGUGACAAAUCGGGAGCAGAUCAUCGAAACGGCCACCAAGAUCAAGGAGCAGGUCGGCGUCGUUACCAUCCUGGUCAACAACGCCGGAAUCAUGCCGACCCAUACCCUGCUGAAACAGACCGAGGGUGAGAUCCGCAAGACGUUCGAAAUCAACGUCAUGGCUCACUUUUGGAUGCUUCAAACAUAUCUCCCGGAUAUGAUUCAGAAGAACCGCGGUUGCUUUGUGGCCCUAUCGUCCAUCGCCGGUCUGGUUGGCCUAAACAAUCUGGUCCCGUACUGCGGCAGCAAACACGCCGUCCGAGGUAUCAUGGAGGCCUGCCACGAGGAGAUCCGCAUGGACGCUCGCAAGCCGAACAUCAAGUUCACCAGCGUGUACCCGUACAUGGUUGACACUGGGCUGUGCAAGCGGCCGCACAUGCGCUUCCCGAACCUGAUGCGGCUGGUCAAACCGGAGGAAGCCGCUGCCGCCAUCAUCGAUGCCCAGCGACGGGGUCUGAUCGAUGUGUCCAUCCCCAAGUAUCUGCUGUACCUGAACACGUUCGUGAGGUUGUUCCCGCUGAAGGCCGCCAACCUGCUGCGGGACUUCCUGGACAGCGGAGUGGAGUCCGAUCUGUGAAGCUGGAAUCACAGCUUACAGCACAACAGCCAGCACACCAACAGCAUCCGUUCGAUGAAUGCUAGUUUAUAUAUUUGUUUCCUGUUACAAUGUUUGCCCAUUCUGCAGAAGCGUAUACUUUUAAGGAUACUUUUGUUUUACUCUUGAGUCGUCAGGUAUAGAGCACUCAGCACAAAGAUAUUAUUGUAAGUGACUAACUAUAUAGUGAGGAGAAGUGUAAAUUAACUAUGCUUUUUAAUAAGUGGUCGAUGAUGAAUGAUGAAAUACAUAUUAUUCUUAAACAAAAA